UCUGUGUACUCAUUUCGAUACUCACAAACACAUAUACAAAGCAGCCAUAUGUGAUAAAUUUUAUUUGCCCGAUGCACAACGCAGUUGUCAUAACAACAAAAUAAAUAAUAACGAACAUAUUGUCUAGGCUUGUUUUUAUGUUUAUUUAAGUUUCAAACCACCCAAUGAACCUGUCUUCCAAGGAUGACCAGGUCUGUGUACGAAGUGCAGCGGGAUUUUGCACUAAGCUGUGGAUUCCAUUCCCAAAUUAUUUGGGACGCACUUGCGCCCGAUCAAGCUGAUGUUCUCAAGCAAAAGAUUGCCAAUCUAAUCGGCCAGAAUGUAACCAAGCUGAGCAAAACGUUGGAAAGACAGCGCCAGAAAUUGUUCGAGAAUGUUUGGGAACAGAGGAAAUAUACGAAUCGAAUGCUGCUAUCGGCAAUUAUCUAUGUGCUGGUCACCAGUGAGAAGGAUCCGGAGUUGGCACUAGAAUCAACUAGCUUUAGCUGUCAUCCCGUCAUCCGGACACGCAAAUGCAUGUGGGAGGAUAAUAGCGAUAAUAGCGACAGCUGCUGCAUGAUCUUCAUUGAUGAACACGGACGCGUUUAUCCCAAUUGGCGGCAGUAUAUCUUCAACAAUACGUUGCCUCGGGGCACAAUGGUUGCGCCCAGCCAGGGCAUCUAUACGUUCACUAAGGAUCAGGACCAUGGCGUACACUUAAUGCUCUCUGCCACACCGGCUUCGCGUGUUAAUCGUCAAAUACUCAAUGCUGGCGAUUCCAUUGCCACGGUUGGUGGCUUGGCUGCCACGGUGCCCAUUGCUGCUGCACUCGCCUUUCCUGUGGCGGCACCCAUUCUACUGACAGCUACCCUUGUGGGCGUGUCGUCAGCCGCGUAUAGCACAGUGCGCUCGGUUGGACGACUAUUUGACCGACGUCAGCACAAACAGUCUAUAUCGCUGGUGGACAAUGAGGCGCGCAACAGUUGGCUGAAUGUGGCUGGCGGCGUUGUUGGGCUGGGUGCGGCUGGCGCCACCACAGCGAUGACAGUGGCACAAACGGAAAUCAAUGCCACGACUCAGUUGGCCGUGAAGAGCGUCAGUGUGUCGUCUAUUGUCUUAUCCGGCACGGGUGUGGCCAAUGGCAUCUACGAUAUAUAUUUGAAAAUCAGCGAUGAUCAGCCGCUGAGCAGCCUCGAUGUGCUCCAAAUUGCCUCCGGUCUGGUCAUCUUUACGCACUCGAUUAACAAUCUGCGCAUAGCCAACAAGGCAACAAAUGGCAACGCUCUACGAGACGCUGUACGAAAUCAAACCAGCAAAGCUUUUGGCCAGAUUGUUGAGGAGUCGGCAAAACUGAAUAGCGAUGUGGCCGGUGGAGGCAAAAAGUUUGAUGUUGUGCGCACUUUUAAUGAUAUACCCUUUAAGGAGGUGCUUCUCAGCCUGCACGAGAUUCAUCGGAACUUGAAGCAGGGCUCCACAGCGUUUGGUGCUGUCGGUGCUGCUCUGCUGCCCAAACUGGUCAGCUUGGAUGAUGUGGGCAAAUUGCGUUUGAAUGUAAAUCAGUUGACCAGUUGGCUUGGCUCCAAGUUUGUCCAGCACAUCGGCAACUUGGGCAGCCUGUUGGAUGUGCUCGAUGCACUGGCCAAGUACUUUUGUGUCGGGUCGGUGGAGCUGAUUCUGCAAAUGGCCUGUAACUUUCUGGAAAAGCAUGUGGAUAGCAUUGAUCGUGCCCUGCACACCUUUCUCUCCACAGAAAUGGUGCUCUAUCGCAUUUUGAUGCAGUGCGUCAACAACUAUGAGAAUUUCACCGUCGAGUUUCUGGAGAGUCAACGUGAUGAGAUUCUAGCUAUAGUUUCCAAGUACUUUCAGUCAAUGCGGCCGCUGGACGAACAGCACAGCCGUCGUAUCAAGUGUGCGGAUUGUCAUGGUGUCCAUUAUAUAAUGGAUGUAUAGAAUUUAUAUAUUGAAUGUUAUUUUAUCAUUAUCAACGUACAAGAGUUUUAAUAUGCGAAUAACCGCACAAAUGUUACAUAUUUUUGGAUAUUUUAAAUAUGCCAGAGCACACAUGAGAUUUAGAUUUAUUUAAGUACAUGUAUUUACAAUCGAUUCGACUAAGCAACGAAAUGUUAUUUGAUUUGCAGAAUCACUAAGUAAACGGCCUUAUUACUCGAAUAAUAUUUACAAGUUGUUCAAUUAAACUAACUUCUCAAUCAA